AUCCCUUGGUAAGGAUAUGGGAACAGGAGAUUGCAAAUCGUUGGCUUUGGAAUUAGAAUUCCAUGAGUAAGAUAUUUUCUACUGAACAUUUCUAAAAUAGUCUCCUUGCAGCAGUUCUUAUGAUGUUUUCUACGUCAUUUAAAUACCUCUUGGAUUUAUAGGACAAUUGAUUGAACUGUGAAUGAUGAUAUAAUUUUACUUUUCGAAAACUUCUGGCUGUGAAAUUUUGGCAAUAUAUCUUGGUUCUCAUACAAAAUUGUAAUUUAGGAAGUAUGACUGAAGGAAUCCUAUAGCUGUGUAAAACGGUUAAAACAACGCAAACCCUGGAAUUUGGGAUGAACCAAAACGGCCAUUUCGUCGGCGAGAACUUGUUUGAGGACCAUGAACAUUUUACAGCUUCCACAGCCGAGCUUAAUCCGCCUUACUCACAACGUUUGGUGAAUGGACACAUAGAGCUCCAGCCGCCAGUGGCGCAUUCUCAUUCGUACGUGCAAAGGUCAAUGUAUCACGUUGAUAAUUACAAUGGGAGCAAUGUAACGAUUGCUGAAGAUUUGCGAAACCAUGCAUCACAUGUCCUGCACAAUACACACAGCUCAGCUGCUGAUAAGCUGUUUAGUACGGAUAUGAUAUCACAGGCCACAGCCAGCCCCAUCACUAUUACAUCUAUGACUGCCACUUCAGUGCCUACGCUUCCAAGUCCUGCCCCCAGUCCAUCACCUACAGCAUUAGGCAGUAGCCCUACCAGGCCCGACGAUGGAUUACUACCAUUUAGACGGUGUGUAUAA